AUGAAAUUCACAUCUACCUUAGUUACAUUGACUGCAUUCCUCUCAAUAGCUCACAGUCUGGCAAUUGACGAGAACGAGAAGAGAGCAGACACAGAAGUAGGAGGAGAUUACACAUAUAACUGGGCUGAUGCUACCACCCCAGCAAAUGCUCCACUUGCUACUACCACCCCAGUGGAAACAGAUGUCGUAGUUUCCGCUGCCAUAGACACUGCUGCAGGCACUGCUGUUGCAACUGCAGCAGUCGAUGUCACAGGCUCUGAAGUAGGGGGAGACUACACAUACCCUGGUACUGUUUCAGCUACUCUCGCAGUUGGUACUGCUACAACAUCUAGUUCUUCCAGUACUGGAGGUCUCUUGGAUACACUUUUAUCAGGAGGAGAAGACCUUGUUGAAAGUUUAUUCGGAGAUGAUUCGAGUAAUUCUACAUCGUCAUCAUCAUCAUCUUCAUCAGGAGGUGGCUUCCUCUCUACCAUUCUUUCCUUAGGAUCAAGUUUAGUGUCUAGUUUGUUUAGUUCCGACUCUGGUUCGGGAGGAAGUUUCCUCGAUACAUUACUUUCUACAGGUGAAAGUUUGGUAAGUAGUCUCUUAGGUGGUAGCUCUAAUUCUACCUCUUCUAGUGGGGGCUUGAUUUCUACAGCUGAAGGUUUACUUUCUGGUCUUCUUGGAGAUAUUGACUUUGAAUCCAUUGCAGGUUACCUUGAUGAUCUUUUGACUUCCAACAACAACGUUCAAUACUUAGACGAUAUCCUUAUUUGGUUAAAGGAUUCCAAUUUACUUCCAGAAGCUACCAUGCUUUUAUUGAACGCAAACUUGAGUUCUCCAACUAUUGAUGCAAUUACUAGCGAAGUAGUUGAUUACGGAUUGGAUCUUCUUUCAACUUCUAAUACCACUGGUUUCUUCGUUGCAUUAAAGGAUUCCGGAUUACUUUACUCCAUUCUUGCUGGUGCUUUAGAAGAUACCUCUACCAUUCCAGCAGUCGGUGCCAUUGUUAAAGAUGUUAUUGCCAAUGGAGAUAUUACCAUUUCAGAAGUCCUCGCAGCUGCAGGAAGAUUACUUAAGAGAGAAGAUGGAGAAGAAGAUGUAGUCUUAACUCUUCGUGACUUAGAAUCAGUUGCCUUAGAAGCAAACAGAAUUGAGCAGACACAACUUGUUGCAAAGAGAGAAUUUGAAAUUUCCCAACUUUCAGCAAUGGAACUUAAGAAGAGAGACAACAUUGAAGAUUUGUUAACGACAAUCUUCUCAUCUGUUGAAAGAUCUGGAUUAAUCCCUGAAUUGAUUCACACUUUACUUGUUAAUCCAGAAUUCCAAACUGAUGUUGCCGAUAUCAUUAUUAGUGCUACCAAGUCAUUUUCUGCUGGUACCGGUACUCCAUCCGGUCUCUCAUUCAUUGGUCCUGUGAUCUCUGGAUUGGUUGAAUCAGGAAUUUUAGGUGACACUUUUGAAAGAGCCAUCAAUGAUCAAACUUUAAGAGCUUCUAUUAUAAGUCAGAUUGGUUCCUUAUUAGGAAGUGGUGCUGCAUCUAUAACUGACUUCUUCAGCAGCAAGGAUGUUGAGACCUACUACAAGGGCCUCAUUCAAAAGGCUGCUGCUGAUAACUCCACUGUCUCAUCGACCCUUCUGGUAUCAACCACUUCUGGUUCUUCCGGUUCCUCUUCAGCUUCAGCUACUGUGACUGGAUCUUCUUCAUCACAGGCUAACGGUAAUGUUGCAGCCAAUGCUAACGUCCUUGCUUUACUUGCUGGUCUUUCCGGAUACGCUAUGAUUGUUUAA